AUGGCCAUGAAUCGCCUGAUAUACUUUGUCUUCGGCUGCCUCCUUGUCUGUAUGAUGCACUCGCAAUGCUUUGGCAAGCAACACAAGUCAAAGAUAGACCACCUAAAACACAUCAGCAGUUGUACCGGUUUGGAACGCCAUGACGUGCGCUGGUCCCGCUUGUCGCCUACCCUACAGAGUCAACUUUUGAAAGAACGGCAACUAUAUCCGCUCGGACCUCUGGAUCGUCUUCUGCGCAAGCAGCUGCUUAAUGAGCUCAGCUGGUGGAACAAGGCUCUCAAAAGCCUGUCUAAGGAUAUACGAAAGCCCAUUGAGAAGCAGCUGUCUGCCAACCCCUGUCGUCCUCUUCCUGACGCAAUGGCCCGUGUGAUGCGUGCCCAAAUAGAAUUGUUGCACCUCGCCUCUCCAACCCCUGGCACCGCAGCAACUGAAACCAAGACUCAACCACCUAGGGACACCAAGAGCCAAACGAAUCAGGCAAGCGACUUGACAUCCGAGCAGCCAACAAGCCAAUCGAGCACUCAACAAGCCUCCUCUUCCUCGACUUCGUCAUUCCCCUCGUCUGCCUCAACACUAUCCUCCUCUACCGUGUCACUCUCCUCCACUACUGCACCUCCUCCCUCAGCUAUCGAAUCCCUCCCCUCAUCUACCGCUUCCCCCACAUCCUCGCAGUUCUUGUCAGUCUCCUCCUCUACCGAUCCUCCUACUCCUGAAACUAUCUCCUCCACUCUUUCCUCCACUCUUUCCUCCACUCUUUUUUCCACGAUGACAGUCAAUCCCGAGUCAGACGAAACCUCAAGUCCCUCAACAGCUCAAACAGCGACAGAAGGCCUUAGUGACACUCCGGAAAAUGAGAUCACUGCAGAAAGUAGCACGACAGAUCAGGAAACCGAACCGGAAGAAUCUAGCUGA